AUGACUGAAAGGCUGGUUCAAUAUAUUGUGGUGAGAUCUGAUUUAAGAAACUCAUUAAAAUGGCCUGUUGGGGCUCUGAUAGCUCAAGCAUGCCAUGCCUCCACAUCAGUUAUCAAACUGUUUUAUGAGGACCUCAACACUAAGAAUUAUUUAUUGGACCUAAACAAUAUGCACAAAAUCGUUCUGGAAAUUCAGGAUCAGAAAACUCUUGAAGAUCUGUCGUCUGUGCUGACGCAAAAUAAUAUUGACCACAAAUUGUGGGUUGAGCAGCCUGAAAACAUUCCCACAUGUCUGGCUUUGAAGCCUUAUCCGAAGGAAGAAGUUCAAAAACACUUUAAAAAAUUAAAACUUUUUCAAUAA